AGAUAAAGAAGAGAGAGAGACAGAGAUCGUUCUUUUUUUUUGUUAGCUUUGUCGUCGCGUGGCUUUAAAGGCUUUCUUCUCUAUACUCUCUUCUUUACCAAACCCUAAUCUCAUUUCUUCACCUCCUCUUCUCAAAACUUCCUAUCUUCUUCAAGAAAAACACAAAAUUUUCUCAAUAAUUCAAAAACCCUAAAAUCAAGACAGAGAAAACAACUCCUUAAUCAUAGGGUUGUCAUGAGCGGCGGUGGGAACACAAUCCCCUCCGUGGGAGGUGCUGGUUGUGGUGGUGGUGGAGGAAGUAGUAGCGGUGGAGGAGGAAGUAGUGGCGGUGGUGGUGGGCCAUGUGGUGCUUGUAAGUUUUUAAGGAGAAAGUGUGUUCCGGGUUGCAUAUUCGCACCAUACUUCGACUCGGAGCAAGGCUCGGCUUAUUUUGCGGCAGUGCAUAAAGUUUUCGGGGCAAGCAACGUCUCAAAGCUUCUCUUACACAUACCGGUUCAUCGACGGGCCGAUGCAGUUGUAACCAUUUGCUAUGAAGCUCAGGCUCGGAUACGGGAUCCUAUCUAUGGUUGCGUUGCUCACAUAUUUGCUCUUCAGCAACAGGUGGUGAAUCUACAGGCAGAAGUUUCUUACUUACAAUCCCAUUUGGCAUCCCUAGAGCUACCUCAGCCGCAAACGCGACCACCACCCAUAACGCAACCACAACCGCUCUUCUUCACUCCGCCUCCGCCUCUUUCCAUAACAGAUUUGCCCGCAUCAGUCUCACCAUACGAUUUAGCCACUAUAGUCGAUCCACCGACGUCGUGGGCUACACAACAACGAAGAUUUGUUGAUCCACGUAACCAAUACGGUGGAUCAUCAUCGUCUUCUUCCGCUGCCGUGGGGCUCGGUGGUGGAAACAGUGACCUUCAAGCAUUAGCACAUGAGCUCCUACAUAGACAAGGAUCUCCUCCACCUGCAGCUACCGACGGCUCGCCGUCUCGGUCAAUGUCUAGAUGAGUUUGGCUUUGAUCAAUAUAUCUGCUCUUUGUUAUUAGGAAAAUUAAAUUACUACUCAAUAAAUUUAAUUUUCUCUGAAUAUUAUAAGGACCUAUUGAUUAUAAUUUUCUGACAUUUACCUAUAAUACUGUAUUUCCUUUUUUCUCCAGUGAGUAAUUCUUAUGUUCCCUUGAUUCUAAUAUAUACUCAUGCAUGUAAUA